AGGAAGUAAAGCCACAAAUCUUGUUAGAAGUAGAGUUGUGUGUUCAAUAAAUUCCUUUCCUUACUGGAUAACUCUUGUGUAAUACAGUAGCGAUGGGCACAAAACGAUCAUCGUCGUGUUGUGGUUGGCUGUGCAGUCCCCGGUUUCACGGUGUGAUAGUCGGUUUGCUCGCCCUUGUCAACAGCCUGUCCGCGAUGGCCGCCUCGCUGUACUUGCGGGUGCACUUCGACGACAUUCGGAAUGUUCCGGAACAGUUGUCGCUGUACUACCGGUACGCCACAAUCGAUGUCCUCUUCGUGGUGAUUGUGGUGCUGGUCGUCGGUACGUACUUCAUCGGGAUUUGCAAGGUGAACGAGUACUACAUCAUCCCGUUCGGAAUACUGCUGAUGCUCGAUACGAUGGGCUACGUUGCCACGGAGAUGGCCACGACGAUGAGCAGCGAUAGGCCGGAGAUGUUCCGCGGUAAAGCCUUGUCGACAUUGCUAGAACUCGCCAUCUUCGGCUACAUGUUUGUGACAGUAUUCUUCCUGUUCCGGGCACUGCAACGGGACAGGCGUAUGCAUGAGGAGCGGCUACGAGGCUACCGGAGCUUAAGCAGCAGCACGGAGCACAUUGAAAUGUGAUAAGAGACGCAGGCUGAACGUAGCGUUCAUUAAACUACUUUACAACCGGUGCUGCCAUUAAGACUCUAGUAUUUAUCCUGCUCCUGGGAUCGGAUUGAAUUCCGUAGUUUGGUGACGCCGUUUUGGGAAAAGUCACAAAUAGAAAUCAUAAGUUGGUGUAGAAUAACAAACGAAAAAGUAGUUAAA